UGGUGACAACUAUGAGCUCUAACUUUAGGUAGCUAUGUAGAGGCUUGAUUUGAUCUAUUUAAAGGGGGAUGGAACUCGCCUUUAUCAGCUUGAUUUCAGCAAACAGAAUCAGAACUUUACCUGCUCAAAAUAAAUACAAAUCAUUGUCAAUAUGACCAACCAAGGCCAAAAGUACGAAUAUGAGGAGCGGCCCCAAUCUGUGAGCUCAAAUGAGCCGGACCUUGAAAGGCUACGAACCAAAGGCGGCCACAUUGAUAACCGCGAUCAACCCUCGUUACCUGUUGUUCAUCGAAGUUUCGCGAAUCCUGCACCCUUGGGUCUUUUAUCUUUUGCCACAGGAAUUUUUCUGCUCUCAAUGCUUGGUGUCCACGCACGCGGCAUUGUAGAGAAGAAUAUACUAGUUGGAGUAUUUGUAUUUUUUGGUGGUGUAUGCCAGUUUAUUUCGGGAAUUAUGGAAUUUGUUGCAGGAAACACGUUUGGAGCUACAGUCUUCCCAUCAUACGCGGCUUUGAACUUGAGCUUCGCAUUGAUCUUUAUUCCAGGAUCAGGAAUCAUCGACGCAUAUAGUGACGCCCAGGGAAACAUCCUUCCCGAGUUCAACCAAGCGCUCGCCAUGUACCUAUUCAGCUGGCUCAUACUGAAUGCGAUAUUUACCGUCGCCGCGUUGAGGAGUUCUUGGACAUUAUUCAUGGCCCUUUUACUUUUCAAUAUCGAAUUAAUACUUCUUGCCACAGGCUAUAUGAUUGACAAUGCCAGUCUGCUAACAGCUGGGAAUGCUAUUGGUUUUCUGAUAGCGCUUUGCGCCUAUUGGUCAGGGUGUGCAGGGUUGUGGGCAGGAGGCAUAACGCCAUUUACACUCCCAGCUUUUCCCAUGUACAAAUAUAUCUAAUAAACAGCACUAAAAGCAGUCAAAAACCGGAGAGUUGGUUAAUAGUUUGCGAGAUUUACUGGUUAUGACAUUAUUUAUUAGAUUUCUUUAUAUAUCUAAUAAACCAAUGUCUACAGCGAGAUGUCAAUUGGAAUUAUGAGGAGUUAUAGUUAGGCUAUUCAUGCCUUUUUCACGAUGAGAGCAGGGUAAAAGAUGCCUAACUCGUGAAUUUAGCCCCGUUAUAUAUUUAU